AUGCCAUAUCCCAUCAAACUAAAUCUACCAUCCCCUUCUCUAUAUAUUUUCGAGGAGAAAAAAUUGCUCAGCAAGUCACCAUCAAUGCCGAUGGCAGCGUCGUAUCUUCCUGCUGUUCAACAGACAAACGUUCGCGGACGCAGUCGCGACAACUCUUCUAUACCAUCAACCCCUGCACUUUCCCUCUCGCCUUCCAUCACAGCUUCCUACGAGGACAACGCCCUCAGCGAGGACGAUGAGAACAACUGCCUUGUAUACCCCAUUACACCGCCUACCUCCGAACAGAUCUUCACUACCGUCCACACAGAGUUUGGUCAUUGUACGAAUGAGGUAUAUCGAUGCGUCUCUAAGCAUGACUAUACGAAACCUUUCGAGGAGCAAACCAUGGAGGAGCCACCAUACUAUAUCGUCUUCGCUACACACAUAAGCCUGUUCAUUCUCCACUUGUUAGGCCAUAUGCGCGACUUCUUCGGAAAGCGGUUUGCGAAGUCUUAUUUCGCCCACCUGGUGCCCCAGAAUGGCUAUGCGCCGUUGAAUACAAAUUUUGAUUCGUUCUUCACUCGGCGGCUCAGGGGUCGUAUGACUGACUGCCUGUGCCAGCCCGUUACGGGUGUUCCCGGCCGCACUAUUGUUAUCCUCGACCGUCACUCCAUAGAUAACAACUAUACUCAGACCUACACUGGUGGCAAGACACGUGCGCUGAACAUUUCGUCGUACAAUUACCUUGGCUUCUCCCAGGGUGGCGGCUGCUGCUCAGAUGCAGUCAAGGAAAGCAUACGCCGAUAUGGCGUCUCCAAUUGUGGCACACGUCUUGAGGGCGGGAGCUCUGAGCUCCAUGUAUCUGCUGAAGCCCUUGUUGCGCGUUUUGUCGGCACGGAAGAUGCAUUGAUCAGCUCUAUGGGAUUCGCCACCAACUCUACCUUCAUCCCUGCGCUGGUGGGAAAAGGGUCCUUGAUCAUUUCGGACGAACUGAACCACGCUAGUAUCCGCAUUGGUGCACGACAGAGUGGCGCAUAUAUCCGGAUAUUCAAGCACAAUGAUAUGUCAAGCCUCGAGUCCCUGCUGCGUGAGGUAAUAAGUCAGGGUCAGCCCAAGACGCAUCGUGCGUGGAAGAAGGUCUUGGUUAUCGUCGAGGGCUUGUACUCCAUGGAAGGCACGGUUUUGAACCUACCUAAGAUUGUCGAACUGAAGCAGAUCUACAAGUUCCACCUCUACAUCGAUGAAGCGCACUCGAUCGGUGCGCUUGGUCCUCGUGGCCGGGGUGUGACGGACUACUUCAACAUCCCUCCUAGUUCUAUCGAUGUCUUGAUGGGCACUUUCACUAAGUCAUUUGGUGCUGCUGGCGGAUACAUCGCGGGGCCGAAAUCUCUUAUUGACUGCCUCCGACUGCGCGGUCACUCCUGUCCAUAUGCAGAAGCAAUAGCGCCCCCGGUACUCGUCCAGAUUGUUGCCUCGAUGGCUAGCAUCAUGGGUGUUGUUUCAGCACCACGACCAACCAAUUCCACCUUUUCUCUUAGCCCUGUGGGCUCGAUUGUUACGCCGAGGGACAAAACAAAAGAGCUUUUAGGUAUGGUACCUGCAAGCAGCCUGCCGACGUGGAUGAACCUUCCUCCGGCUCUUGCAGACGGAUCUGAAGCUCGUGCGCGUAUCCGCCGUCUUGCCUUUAACUCUCGUUAUCUGCACGCGGGCCUUAAGAAACUCGGCUUCAUCAUCUAUGGACAUUCCUUCAGUCCGAUCGUUCCCCUGCUCAUCUUUAACCCUGGAAAAUUGCCUACGUUCGUGCGUAUGAUGCGUUCAUACAGUCCGCCGAUCGUCGUCGUUGUCGUAGCAUACCCCGCCACUCCGUUCGAGACGGCCCGUGCGCGGUUCUGUCCCAGCGCGUCGCACACAAAGGAGGAUAUUGAUAUAGUGCUGCGUGCAUGCGAUGAGGUGGGUGAAAUUUUGGACUUAAAACAUGGUUCGGGCGAACGAUGGGAAUCAACACGGUCUGCGAGCGUGCCGUGGAGCUUGUGCACUCUGUGA